AUGCACAUUUCCCUGCUACUUUACUGUCGUCUAACAAAGGCCAACUAUUUUCCACCCCUUACAUCGAUCUCGGGUAAGUCGUUGAACCUGGAACAUGUUGGAGUUUCUUUUUCUCAUUUCUUCCUUAACUGUAGUGCAUCAUGUCAUUUUAGAACGACCCCUUGGUCUUUUGCAGCCUUGAGGUAUCCAUGUGGCAUCUGUUCGCUUUUCUUUCUUUCUUUCUUUCUUUCUUCACAUGUUUCUUUCUUCACACCCGUCCUUCCUUUCUUUCUUUCUUUCUUCACACCCGUCCUUCCUUUCUUUCUUUCUUUCUUCACACCCAUCCUUCCUUCCUUUCUUUCUUUCUUCACACCCAUCCUUCCUUUCUUUCUUUCUUCACAUCCUUUCUUUGUACUUUCUUUGCAUCCAGCUUUCUUUCUUUCUUUCUUUCUUUCUUUCUUUCUUUCUUUCUUUCUUUCUUUCUUUCUUUCUUUCUUUCUUUGCAUCCUUUUUCUUUGUCUUUCUUUCUUUGCAUCCAGCUUUCUUUCUUUCUUUCUUUCUUCACAUCUUUCUUUCUUUCUUUCUUUGCAUCCAGCUUUCUUUCUUUCUUUCUUUCUUUCUUUCUUUCUUUCUUUCUUUCUUUCUUUCUUUGCACAUCCUUUUUUUCUUUCUUUCUUUGCAUCCAGCUUUCUUUCUUUCUUUCUUUUUCUUUCUUUCUUUUUUCUUUUCUUUCUUUCUUUCUUUGCAUCUAGCUUUCUUUCUUUCUUUCUUUCUUUCUUUCUUUCUUUCUUUCUUUCUUUCUUUGCAUCCAGCUUUCUUUCUUUCUUUCUUUCUUUCUUCACACCUUUUUUUCUACUUUCUUUGCAUCCAACUUUCUUUCUUUCUUUCUUUCUUUCUUUCUUUCUUUCUUUCUUUCUUUCUUUCUUUCACUGCGAAGGACAUGGAACAAUAAAUCUAUCUAUCUAUCUAUCUAUCUAUCUAUCUAUCUAUCUCAGUCUGUUCAUAUCUAUCUAUCUAUCUAUCUAUCUAUCUAUCUAUCUAUCUGUCGCAUAUCUCUUUAGGGCGAAGGUUCAAAGUAGAGAGAAAGUUCAGUCGUCUCAGAGUUUUGGAUCUAUCUAUCUAUCUAUCUAUCUAUCUAUCUAUCUAUCUAUCUAUCUAUCUAUCUAUCUAUCUCAGCCUGUUCAUAAUCUAUCUAUCUAUCUUCUUCUAUCUAUCUAUCUAUCUAUCUAUCUAUCCAUCUAUCUCAAUAAUCUUCUUUCAUAUCUAUCUAUCUAUCUAUCUAUCAUCUAUCUAAUCAUCUAUCUAUCUAUCUAUCUAUCUAUCUCAGCAAUUAACAUUGAUUAUCUAUCUAUCUAUCUAUCUAUUUUAUCUAUCUAUCUAUCUAUCUAUCUAUCUCAUAUCCCUAUCUAUCUAAAUCUAUCUAUCUAUCUCGAAUUUCUGUCUCAUUCAGUUAACAUCUAUCUAUCUAUCUAUCUAUCUAUCUAUCUAUUAUCUAGUCUGUUCAAUCUAUCUAAGAAAUCUAUCUAUCUAUCUCGAACAUCUAUCUAUCUAUCUAUCUAUCUAUCCUAUCAUCUAUCUCAGUCUGUUCAUAAUCAUCUAUCUAUCUAUCUAUCUAUCUAUCUAUCUAUCUAUCUAUCUAUCUCGUCUGUUCAGGAAGACCUUUCAGUACUUAUCUAUCUAUCUAUCUAUCUAUCUAGAUUGACUAUCUCAGUCUGUUCAAUCUAUCUAUCUAUCUAUCUAUCUAAAUCUAUCUAUCUAUCUAUCUGUUCUCAUGAUCUGUCCUCAUUCAGUCUAUCUAUCUAUCUAUCUAUCUAUCUAUCGGAUCUUCUUGUCUAUCUAUCUCCCAAAGGCCUAAACCGGGUGGAUCUUCUAUCUAAAAAUCUAUUGUCUCGUACAAAUCUGUCUCAUUUUAAAUCUAUCUAUCUAUCUAUCUAUCUAUCUAUCUAUCUAUCUAUCUCGGUCUGUUCAGGUUUUAAUCAGCAAUCUGAUCUAUCUAUCUAUCAGAUCUAUCUAUCUAUCUAUCUAUCUAUCUAUCUAUCUAUCUAUCUCAGUCUUUUCAUACUGUCACUCUUUCUCUUUCUCUCUUUUAGUAGGUUCAUACUAUCUAUCUAUAUAUCUAAGCUAAUUACAUUCGUUUCUUUCUUAUCUAUCUAUCUCAAUCUUUUCAUGUUAUCAUUCUUUCUCGGUUCAUACUAUCUAUCUAUCUAUCUAUCUAUCUAUCUAUCUAUCUAUCUAUCUAUCUUAUUACAUUCGUCUCUUUCUUAUCUGUAUAUCUCAUUAUCUAUCUGGAAAACAGUUAAAGAAGCGUCAAGCUGGCAAUUAACAUACUGUAUUGAUUGCUAUGUCUACAAUCUAUCUAUCUAUCUAUCUAUCUAUCUAUCUAUCUAUCUAUCUAUCUAUCUAUCUAUCUAUCUAUCUAGUAUGACAUGGUUAUAA